AUGAGAGAAAAAGGUUAUGAGGUGAGACGGCUUAAAGUGUUGGCCGUCUGCAUGCUGCUGGCCGUUUCCUGUCUGCUUCCCAAGGCCGAUGCACUGAAGACAAAGAGUCGCAGCAAAAGUUCCUCCUCAUCUUCCUCGUCGGGACGUAAGCCAAGCUCGACCAGCUACAGCAAUCCAGGCAGUUUAAGCUACAAUAACUACCAAGCGAAACCAGCACCGAAACCGGCUCCGAAACCAUCCGCCCCCGUUGAUACCUCGAACCAGCGCAACAUUGGAUGGAACGUAAACAAUCAGGCUAAACCAGUCGGAUCAGUAGCGCAACCCGCUGCCAAUAAGCCACCGUACCCGGUACAGUCGAAUGCUGCUAAACCUCCAUACCCGGUACAAGCAACACACAGCAACACACAUCAGACCCAUUCCGCACCAGGUGCUCCUCCGCCACCAUACUCCCACGGACCACCACCACCAUACUCGGCCGCCAACAAUCCCAACAUGAAUUCGCGCUUUAAUGAACCACCACCGAUGUAUAGUCCGGGAAAUCAAGGAUUUAGACCGGGUCAGCCAGGUUUCGGUCAACCGGGUUCGUACGGUCAGCCGGGAGGAUACGGACAACCGAUGGGUGGAUACGGAGGGGCUGGUGGGUAUCAUCCACCCGCAACCGGAUUCGGUGCACCGCAUGGCACUUUCCAGGGUGGUGGCUUUGCACCACCGGUAAACUAUGCGCCGGCACCUUCGUUCCCGGUUGCGGCCAUUCCGGUCGGUGCGUACAAACCGCAAAGCUCUGGAAUUGGAGUUGGAGGUAUUGCGGCUGGCAUUGGAACCGGACUGUUGGCAGGGGCGGCUGGUUCAGCCCUCUACAAUGCACUCCGUCCAGAAGACCGUUACCGAUAUCGCGAUACGAGCAGUGGUGUAACGAUCAUAAACAAUGUUCCCGCCGCACCAGCUGCUGCCGGUGCUGCCCCAGUGGAAGGUGCCGCACCAGGACCGGUACAAUCCUCAGGUGUUGCUGCUGUACCGAAUGCAACCCCAGCACUUGCUACCAACGGUCAGUCAUCGGUUCCACUUACUCCCAUGCAGGGAGCCGGCGAUAAUUCAAAUCCAAUGGCCCAAACUCCAGUACAAAUUGAACCCGCUGAAACAACUACAGUCGAUCCGAAUGCUAAGCAGUAUAUUCCACCACCCGGACAGUAUUAUCCCUCCACCGGCCAGUAUGUCCCACCGGGUGAAUAUGAUCCAAUAACGGGCAUCUUUACACCGGGCCGUUACAUACCGGAAACGAACGUUUUCCAAUCGGGACUGUAUGAUCCAUUGUCGCAAAUGUUUACUCCCGGUCGCUACGAUGCCAACGGACAGUUCAUCCCGGAUCCGGAAAAUCCGCCACUGUCUUUGGCUCCUAAUAAUGUGGCAGCUCAGCCGGAAACCGUUACGCCAGCCACUGCAUCACAGUUUAAAACUACUAGCGAUGGUACGAUGAAGACGAUUUCGCUUGUAACCGCUCUGGGGGCAUUAAUCUUUUCGGCAAGCAUGCGUUCGCUGAUCAUUCGCUUUUAAUUUUCAAUUCUAGUC